UUUAUUCUGUUUACUUUCCCUCUUUCUUUGCCUAAAGACAAGAUAAAAGUUUCCAUAAACAAUAGUCCCUAGACGCUGGUGACAAAUUUUGUUUCUGUAAUUUUUUUCUUAACAAUUUCAAAUUGCGAGGGUGAGGAAAGUAUUUACGCAUGAAAUGAGUAUUUAAGCAUGAAACGAAAAUGAAAAUAUUUGUAAUUUCGGUGCUUUCACACACUUCGCUUGUUCCAGAAUGUUAAAAUUGAAGCAACUAUUAAAUUUAAAAAAAACUUAUUUGUUAAAUAUAACAACAUAUAAAAAAUGCCGCCACACCUUGAUAUUCUAUUGCCAAUCGACAAAAGAUUCAAACUUUUGUCAUUCUAAUGCAAUUUGAAAUUUUAUUGAAGACAGGUAAUUUGUUUCAAAGAAUAAAAUAAUUGACAAAUAUCAAAAACUUUAUUUUGGUGGAUUCGGCGGGAUAAAUGAUUUUUAUUUUAGCGUGGACCGGAAAAUAUCUAAUGGAGAAUAGAAAAAAAGGCACAUACUUCAAAUGAAAUAAGUAAUUUUAUAAAUUAGUGAAUUAAAAAAUAUGCAGCGUGUGUCAAUUUAUCGUACCAACACUUAAAGCCGCCUAUAACAACCUGAAAAGCACUGCGUUACGUUCAUUAGAUGUGGUUCAAAUGUUUUCUUUGCGGAAAAUUGAUUUAUGCACUAUGUACGGGAGUAUAAGAAUGUAAAGUGAUCUUUUUCGGAAACUGUUUGUCCUAACGACUCAAAGAAGUAAGCAAUCUUGCUACUAAACUGCUCAAAAGAAAACCCUGGUUAUCAAACCUUCAAGAUGUUCGCUAAUUGGUGUAACCACCAUCUUAACCUUUUGGAGUUGAUUUUUCCCUAAAGUUCACCUAGUAAAGGUAUUAAAUUUAUUAUAUGAAACUAAGUUAAAUUUGAGUGUUGAAUUAGUUGAUCACCAAUACUCGACUUCCCUUAAUAUUUAACACGAAUAUGUAUCAAGCGGGUUUGCUAUCACAUGCCGCAUUCAUUUUACUUUAAUUUUGGCGCUAUUCUUUAUUAUUUUUUUAAAUUUUUUUCAUUUCAAUUUAAUUUAAUGUUGUCACUUAAAAUUAUUUUUAAGACAGAUUGGAUAUAGGUAUUUUGGUAACGUAGCAAUAUCGUAAUGUUAAAUUAUAUAUCUGCUGUUACCAUCGCUUCAAAUGUCAAUGUCAAAUUAACUCAUUGACAAAACUCAUUUAUAGUGACGCGAUAGCCACAAUGGAAAAUCAAGGCGAUCCUGGCAAUAAAUCCGGAGAAAACACGAAAGCAAUCUUAAUUAAACUAGAAACGUAUAAAUGUAUAACUCCUUUAUAUCCAGUUACCAAUGUAAAAACGACUCUAAAGUAUUUAGAUACCGUAAUAGGUGAGACUCGCCCCGUUCUACUUACUGAUGAUGAAAACUGUUUGGUAGAUGAAACAUUUGAAAUAGAAUUCGACUCAAAUUCAGUAAGAGAGCUAGAUCUUCUAGCUUCUAAUCCCAUAAUGUUAACGGUCAUGCAGUCUAUUGGGACCAUGGAAGCCAGCGUGUUAGAACAACUUAAGGAAAUGCCGGUUCGUGAAAAGCCAACCGACAGCUUGUUCAGCUUGUAUGAGAUGUUUACGGGGGUCAGAAUAGAUGCUGAAAACUGUUCGGAUGAAUCCAUAGUAUCUAAAAAAUCAGGUAAUAAUGGAGAAAAAAUGACAUUAGGCAAGAACUCAAAGAAAUCACCAAAACCGAAAUUGUUGAAUAAUGAUGUGAAUAGUAACAAAUCCACAAGUGUGAAGAUAAGUGAAUCCGAAUUAUAUGGUGUGUGUGCUGUGGAUUUAAUACCCAUCUUAUAUGGAGAAGUUAGUUUUACAGAAACUAUUGCAAUAAAGCCGAUUAAGGAUUGUUUUAGUAUGAUGAAUACUUACAUGAAGUAUCCUCAGAUAGCUGUCACUGUCUCUACAAAAGAUAAGAAAAAAAUAAUCGAAAUAGACAACUUACUUAGCUUCACGAUUGAAUCAAUCUUCAACCCACCCUCUUCGAUGUCAACUAUGGACUGUGCAAUAUGCAUAUUGCUACCACUAGGUGAUGACGGUUAUCACCCAUCGCUUUUUAAGAAUUCAAAAGUGGCGAGAGAAAACAUUUCUUCAGAAACUGAAAAACGAUGGUUUUGGUCCUACGACGAGCCAUUUGAAGAUUCUGUAAAAAUGAAAUAUUUUAUCAAUUAUUCGGAUAUAGUGGAAAUUAAGAGCAAGGAAGUUUUAGAUUUAAACAAAGCAAUUCAUGGUAACCGGAUAAGGUUGGAAUUCAAUGUUAUGAAGAGAAACAUUCUUUUUUCAAAUGCGAUACACGAUUUUGCAAUGCGUCUCAAAGCAUACCGUAAGAUAUUGCUGGAAAUAAUGUUGACCUCGCAGGAUGAUAGAUCAAAACGUCCACAUCUGCACCUAAUGGCAGUCGUUGAUGUAUCGUCGCUCUUAUUACCGGGAUCUUGCAGAGUUCGUUUGGCGACGCCCUUGACGACAUUUAAUUUAGAGCAAGCUUCUAAAAUUGUUGGACUCGAAGAUUCCUAUUUUUUGCCCACAUUAAAACCCCAGAGUUCCAUGUCCAAGUUAAACUUAGAGACACUCAAAAAACGAAAGGGCGAAAAAAUUUCGAAAUCUUCCAAGAAAGGCAGGGAUCUUAUCCAUCAAUUACCAAAUCUACCAGAUAGUGAAUAUGAAAGAAACAGUUUAAUAGUGCACGGAGAUGACGAGAAUCCUUGUUUCGUUGUGGUAGAAGUUGAACUUCUUUCACCCAUCAAUCCUAGAAGGAAUAUAGACGAGUUAGUAAGCGAUUUGCAAGGGUUGCUCACUCGAGUGGCCUGCUCGUCGAAAAAAUUUGUUAGCGUGGACGCAGCGAGUGAAUUCUACAAGCAAACAAUAACAGCUAUUAUCGAGGAUUUAAACAAAAAGUAUAGGGAGUUUUCCGAGAAAUGCUUGUGGUCCCCUACGAUUCGAUAUCAGGAUUUCGUAAAAUAUCUUGAGAAGACUGGAUCGUAUUACUCCUACGUAACGUCCAUUUCAACCGCUGUCGAACUUUUAGUGACAAAUAAAUAUCACUACGACCAGGAAGAUUUAAGCAAUAGCGUAGCAUAUCAGAAUUUAAUAUGUGAAGCCUUCAGCAGUCUUGUAUCAGAUGCGCACAAGGUAUUGAACAGCUUCCUUUGCAGUAACGCGAUAUCUACUACUCAGCAGCACAAAGUAAAAUCAGAUGAGAGCCUUUUUUUCGCCAAAGAGGCAGCCGAAAUAGGACGGCAUGAUCUAUCUGAUCGUUAUUUUCUACAACGAAUUCUCAGCGCCCCACAGCAAAGCGCUGAGGUGUGGUUUCAAUACGCGAUCUACAAUUUGGAAAUUAACAAUCGCGACAAGGCGUUUGAAUGCGUUAAGGAGGCCGUCGCUAGGCAGAGUUCUCAUAGACACUCCUUGCUCCUAUUUGGCAUCCUUCUGGCAGACAAAGGGGACACGAGCGAUGCUGAAACUUGUUUGUUAAACGUCACUAUUCGGGAAUCUAAAUGGAUUGAAGCGUGGGGUGUGUUAUACGUCUUUUACCAAAUCAAUGGUAAGGAAGACGAUAUGGAUGUGGCACACGAUAUGGCAGUAAAGUAUAUGGAAGAACCCAAGGAAGUGAAUGAUUUUAACAUAUUCGAAGAUCUGGCUUGGUGCACUGUUAAUAUACCAGAUACGCUGUUUUUUAAGACAGCCAUUUUGCUGAUAAAGAUGAGAAUUUAUUCUUGGGCGGAAUCUGCUUUGGCUCACGAAGUAGCAAUUGAUAAACAUUAUGGCAAUGUUAAUUAUCUGCUGGCCGUAAUAAGUUAUUAUCGAGGAAAUUUCAGUCACGCGCUAGAAUACUUAGAAGAGGCAAAAGAGGUUUUAGGUAGUGACUUUGCCAUUUUAAGCCUUUUUGGUCAUUGUUUAUUGGCGUUAAAAAACUACGAACGGGCACAAGAAGAAUAUCACCAUGUCAUCGAAUCUUAUAAUCGACCUGAGGUUAUUCAUUUAGUUUAUGUGAAUUGCUCAGUUGCCUUGAAACAACUUGGUGAUCUUGAAAGGGCCCGUAAGCUGAUACUAAUCGCCUGCAAAUACCACCAGACUCCUUAUGUUUGGAUGACUGCUGGAAAAUUGUAUUACGAACUAAACGAUUUGGUUAGCGCGGAGGAAUGCUUUUCUGAAGCAAAUAUUAAGGACAAUAUGCUACCAGAGGUUUGGGGCUUUCUAACACUAAUCAAUAUUAAAUUAGGAAGGAUUAUGGAAGCGAAACAGUGUUAUCAACAGGCCGUGAAGUGUAGACUUGACGAUGAAGCAUUGCUGGCGGAAAUUCAAAACGAAUUUCGAAAAUGUUAGACUUUUGGUUUACCAGUAUUGUUAAUAGAUUUUAAUAAUAAACGGCGGUAGAUUGGGGAUUGGUGGCUGACGAGUUAAUUGUUGCAUAAUCAAAGAAACAGCUUUCCUUUAAGGGACUAAUACGUUGAUGUGUUCUUUAGUCUAGUGCCUUGCUGUUGUAUGCAGUAGAGAAAGUGAAUACGUGAGAGAUGGAUCCUCUUAUUCCUCGUCCAACUAGACGGGGUUUGCCGAACAAUCACCCAGUAGGGUAGUGAAAGAUGUCGCAAUCAAACGAUCAGCAAUCAUUGGCAAAAUUUUCCUCAAGUUAACAACCUACGUUGGUGCGUACGCUAUGGGUCAGAUCUAGGAUUCUCGUCUUUGAAAGCUGACUUUUCUUUGGGCUCCGAGUUCCAAUCCUAAAUGUUCGAUUUACCUUAAUUUUGUACAGAAGCGAAUUUUAAAAUUUUAUUUUUAACGCAAUAUGCUUAAUUCUCAACGAAAUAAGCUGAUUUAGUAAAAAAUAUCGUUUCAAAAUCAAAUUGUUUUAGAAAUCUUGUCACUAAAGUGCUCUUUACUAAUAACUUUUUUUUUAAAUUUCCCUAUAUUUUAUUUAUUUAUACUUAUAU